GAUUUAUACGACCAACCGAAACUUCUACUACUUCGCCCGGAAUCUGAGGAGGAAGAGUGUAGGCAUAAAGAGCCCAACGCUAUAGGAAGAUAAAGAAGACAAGGGAAGAAAAUAUCACCCCAAGAAUCAGCCACGCGAUUAGGUACUUAAAGUGAUUCGAGCGAUCGCGAUCAUCAACCGCCACGAUGUUGCCAAACCCCAACCUUUACAGCCACCACCAGUACAACCCACACGCUGACCAGCCAUGGAUGCACCAACCCCAAAGCCACCAGCAUCAGGCCCAACAACAGGCUGCCGCUGCCGCCGCAGCAGCUCAGCAGCAGCACUACAACCGAUUAGCAGGUGCUCACAAUAAUGUGUCCAACAACAUUGGCGCGUCAGUCGGUGGUCAUGUUCAGGAUAAUGGCCUGGAGAAUGUAUCCGAGGACAAUCGCCGCACGUUGACCUUCGUCGCCGACCUACUUAAUGAGAACACGCGAGAAGCUGCUCUCCUUGAGCUGAGUAAGAAGAGAGAGCAGGUGCCCGAGCUUGCCCUUAUCUUGUGGCAUUCAUUUGGCGUGAUGACCUCUCUCAUGCAGGAGAUCAUUUCAGUUUACAACCUACUCAACCCGUCGCAAUUGACCGCAGCUGCCUCUAACCGAGUCUGCAACGCCCUUGCGCUCCUACAAUGCGUGGCAUCGCAUAAUGAUACGAGGACGUUGUUUUUAAAUGCCCAUAUUCCUCUUUUCCUAUAUCCGUUCUUGAACACCACGUCUAAGUCUCGUCCGUUCGAGUAUCUCCGUCUGACCUCACUCGGUGUGAUCGGUGCAUUAGUUAAGAAUGACUCUAGCGAGGUGAUUAACUUUCUCCUCACAACCGAGAUCAUCCCUCUCUGUCUACGGAUUAUGGAAACAGGAUCCGAGUUGAGUAAAACAGUGGCUAUUUUCAUCGUCCAGAAGAUCUUGCUGGAUGAUAAUGGUCUGAAUUACAUCUGCGCUACCUACGAGCGCUUUUAUGCCGUUGGAACAGUGUUGAGCAAUAUGGUUGCCCAGCUUGUCGAGCAGCAGACGGCUCGCCUUCUCAAGCACGUUGUACGUUGCUUUCUUCGCCUAAGCGAUAACGCCCGCGCCCGCGAAGCUCUCCGUCAAUGUCUUCCAGAACCGCUCCGCGACGCCACUUUCAGCUCGGUUCUUCGUGACGAUGCAGCAACUAAGCGGUGCUUAGCCCAGUUAUUGAUCAACCUCUCCGACAAUGUCGUGGAGACCAAUAGCAACCAUGCGUUAUAAAGCCCCAUUUGGGGCUUACCGCAUAAGGACCAUUGUCCAAUGAGAUACCCUUACGACUGCUUUAGUCUUCGGAAGCUUGGGUCAUUCAUAAUUAUGAGAGCAUGAGAAUUACGUCAAAAUAAUAUCCUUUCUGAUGGCAUGGCAUCUGUCUCAGACGCAAGAAUUCCGCGAUUAACCAAACCUCCUAUAACCAGUGUUGUCCUGGUAUGAUCUCGACGGCGUAUUGAUUUCCUCUCUCGACUCUACAGUCAGAUACAUCCAGCUGAUGUCUGAAAAAAAAUUGAUUUUCACGAGUCUUGCCUAG